AUGAGGGAAGCCGACAUUAUUGAUGACAUACUAUUCAAAGGGAUAACUCCAAAAAGACCUAAACCAGGUCGUUUACGUUUACAACCAAAAGUGCAUGAGAAAAAUCACCCCAGUCGGCCAAUCAUAUCAACAAACGGAACUGCAACGGAAAAAUUAUCAGCUUUCAUAGAUUACAAAUUAACUAACCUAAUGUGCAAAGAGGUAAUACCAUCAUAUGUCAGAGACAGUAUGGAUUUUCUGAAUAUUCUGAAAAAAAUUGACAAUAUUCCGCCAGGAUCUUAUUUAGUAACCAUGGACGUGACUUCCUUGUAUACAAAUAUUCCACAUAAAGAUGGCAUCUUAGCGGUGGAGAAGUAUCUCAGUAAAUAUACCACAGAAAAACGGGAAAUUCCAUAUAUUAAAGAAGCAGUUAAUAUGGUUCUUGAUAAUAAUAAUUUUGUAUUUGACGGAAAGCAUUAUCUCCAUUGGGACAGCGAUGGGAACUAA